UCAUCCACACGCCGGAAAGAGAAGGGUGAAAGUGAAGGACGAUCUUCGGUACAUGGAGUGAACAAGAAUUCCAUAAGGAGGAUAUUAUUCUGCAAAUUCUGAAAGCUUCUUUUGCCAACAUUCAACUCUAUAAACGGAAUUAAAAUGUCUGCAGGAGCUUUGUACUGUUUAAUCCCUGGGCCUCAGGACAAGUGGACCGUGCGCGAAGUGGGCUACGCAACAGCCGUGCAAAAUUCCGAACGAACUACGAUGAAUCUUGGAAGUAUCACGUCAUCGAAUCCAUUGCUGUCCAAUUUUUCUGGGCCUGCGGACCUUCUCCGAAGACAGCACAUAACGUGGAAGAGCGUGACUCAGAUCUCCCACCACAUUGUCCAUCAGAUACACGCCAAACAGGCUGCGAGUAUGGCGGGUGGGAAGAGAGCUGGGGCGAAGGUGAAGGGCAAUCAAGUACAAGAACAGGAGCGAGGGGGCGAAGCAGUGGCAGGUGCAAGCGGAGGUAGUACUGCGCAGCCGUGGCCGGCUCUGAAAAAGCGUAGCGCGAUCCUGAGUAGGAAUGAGCUUCGCCAGUUGGAUCUUUUUACAGUGCCCAAUUAUUUAUCCAUCAAAGAGUGUGAAGCUUUUAUACAAUGUGCAGUAUCACUUGGAUUCCAGCACCAAGGCAGCCGAGGACCUGCUUAUGGCGAGGCAUUCAGAGAUAAUGGCCGUGUUUCUGUACAAAGUCCAGCCUUAGCAGAAAAGCUGUGGGAAGCUGGACUUAGCUCUGUUUUCAACGAUAUCGAGAUCCAUGGUAGACGAGCAGUUGGGCUUAAUCCGAAUCUUCGUUUCUACAGGUAUACUGCAGGUCAACGAUUCGGGCAACAUAUCGAUGAAAGUGUUGAACUUGGCGGGAGACUUGCCACGGAGUACACUCUGCUAAUCUACCUUACCGGCGGUGAAGAAUCUAGUACUGAGGGAAAGGCGAGCCGAGAGGAAUUACUCGGAGGUGAAACGGUUUUUUAUAAUAGACGACGUGUGGUUGCUGAGGUACCUCCUGUUGCUGGUAUGGCUCUGUUCCACAUUCAUGGGCAGCAUUGCAUGCUGCAUGAAGCAAAGGUUGUUGCAAAAGGUGUAAAGUACGUUAUGCGAUCCGAUGUGAUAUUUUCAUGAGUCACGAGUAUUUGACUCAUGAAACAUUUGAGCAUACUUCAUACGGUGGGUACAAGUCUGGUUCAAUUUUCGCAACGUUUCGGCUUCCUGGUGCCCAGCUUCGAGACCUGGUCAGUGUACCUUUCAUGCUCAAUUCCACUCCAUUAUCCUAGAUCGUCAUAUCCGAAGAUCGGUCUUCUCGAUUCUUUGUACAGAGAUCUGCUGUAGCUUCGAGGCAGCUAGAUCCUUUCUAGCCUAUUUCUGUGAUAUACCGGCUUGCUGUAUUACAUGACCCUCAUUGCCGGCCGAUGAUAUUGUCCAUCUCUCCUGAUCAAUGAUGUUAUUUUUAGUGAUCCUACCUGCAUUCACAUUCCAAAAAGUGCAUGUUCCUAGCUUGGCUGUGCACUCUCCACAUCUCAAGUAAUAUUCGAGAAGAAAAUUGUAAACUCUCGAGCCUGAAGUAAUUAUGUCUCCCUUGUUAUGUGCACUUAUUACACGAAAAUUAACAGUGGUAACCCCUUCUGUGCACAGGGUAAAAAGAUUACAUAGAACUAGCAGCUUGUGUGUUGUCUGUCUUUCCACAUCGGAAAGAACUGUAGUGUUUCUUAGAACUAAUUCAAGAUCUAAUGUCGCCCUUUUUUUUUAAUGGAGGACGUGUACUUUUUCAAACCA